AUGCUUGCCCUCCGAAGCUUUGCUCGCUCCGUUCCACGGGUUGCCCGUAUUUCCUCCCGCGCAGUGCGCCCGCAACCCUCCCUUCUCAGACAAGCCGUAGGUUUCCAACAGCCAUCAUGGAUGCCAACGGCUCCCCGCCUCACAGCUUCUUUCCACAUCUCCGCCGUAAGGAGGCAAGAGAGUGAAGUUCAGGAGGAGCUCGUCGCGAAACUCCAGUCCGAGAUCCUCCUCGAGGAGGACAUGAAGGAGGAUGAGGAUCUUUCCGCCAACAUCAAGGAGUAUCUAGAGAGCAGCCCCUUCCAGAUCGAAGAUAAGCCGGGCCAGCAGGACGUUGUCCUAACCAGGACUUUUGGUGACGAGAAGAUCCGCGUGACCUUCACUACCGCCGACCUCAACAGCAUGCAAGAAACUGAGGACAUGGAGGACGAUGCUAUGUACGAUAACGAUUCCAUCGAGGGCCAGUCCGGUGGUGCCAACACCAAGGGCGCCAUCAACCAGGGCAACACGAGAGAUGGAAACUUCCGCAUUGCUCCUGAGGACCGUGUCGCGCCUGCCGACCGCGAGGAGUUGGAUGAUGAGUACGACGAGGAUCUCCAUGAGCAAGGCUUCCCUGUCCGUGCGAGCAUCCGCAUCGAGCGCCCCGGCAAAGGUUCUUUGGCCAUCGAAGCCACUGCUCAGGACGGGGACUUCGUCAUUGAAGACCUCGCUCAUUUCCCCUCCGCUGAGCUUGCGGAUCCCCAGACCGCGGAGCAGAACUGGGCUCGGCAGGCACUCUACACCGGUCCUCCUUUUGCCAACCUGGAUGAGGACCUCCAGAUCCUGCUCGAGAAGUACCUUGAGGAGCGCGGUAUCAACACUCGCCUGGCUCUCUUCAUUCCCGAUUACGUCGACCACAAGGAGCAGAAGGAGUACGUCAGGUGGUUGAAGAGUGUGAAGAAGUUCGUGGAGUAGGGCGGUGCGCUGACAAGAUGACUGGCAACUACUCUUUCUUCUAAUGUAUUCACUGUCCUGUAGGUUUAGUACAAGGUGGCGUCUCCGGCCGUGCAUACCAAGGGUUGGGGAGGGUCUCGUUUUGAUGGGGUUUUUGUACGUUGUAAAUCUUGUAAGCCUAGAUACCUAACCACAAAAUUGCCUCGGAGGCAUUUUCCCACUC